AUGAAACUAUGUAACAAAACUAAAACUUGGGCACUGCUUUCCUCUCUUGCGGAGUUUAUCCCAUAUUGGGGGUUCUUGUUAGUUGUGGAUAGUGGUUAGACAAGGUCUUACUAUAUAGCUCUGGAACUUACUAGGCAGACCAGGCUGGCCUCGAACUCAGAAAUUUCUGGCCUUUGCUUCCCAGUGCAAGGCCUGCACCACCGCGUCCUCUAGCAUUAAACAUUUUUGUCUCACCCUUCCGAACCUCCUUGGAGUUUCCCUCAGGCCAACCACAGCUCAGCGGAGCGCUUCCUGCUGCUGGGUUUCACCGACUGGCCCUCUCUGCAGCCGGUCUUCUUCGUUCUGGUCCUUCUCUGCUACCUACUAACGCUGACCGGCAACGCGGCAUUGGUGCUGCUGGCCAUUCGCGACCCUCGCCUGCACACACCCAUGUACUACUUCCUCUGCCACUUGGCUCUAGUGGAUGUGGGCUUCACCACUAGUGUGGUGCCACCGCUGCUGGCCAGCCUGCGCGGCUCAGUGCUGCAGCUACCGCGCGCCUGGUGCAUGGCGCAGCUGUGCUCAUCGCUGGCCCUGGGCUCAGCCGAGUGCGUGCUGCUGGCCGUUAUGGCUCUGGACCGCGCGGCUGCCGUAUGCAACCCUCUACGUUACGCCUCACUCGCCUCCCCGCUUCUGUGCCGCACAUUGGCCGGAGCCUCCUGGCUCGGUGGCCUGGCCAACUCCGCAGCGCAGACCGCCCUGCUGGCCGCGCGUCCGCUGUGCGCGCCCCGCUGUCUGGACCAUUUUAUCUGCGAGCUGCCCGCGCUGCUGCAGCUGGCCUGCCGCGGCGGCCGCAGCGCCACCGAGCGCCAGAUGUUCGCCGCCCGUGUGGUCAUCCUGUUGGUGCCUUCGGCGGUCAUCCUGGCCUCCUACAUCGCCGUGGGCCGCGCGGUCUGGGGCAUGCACUCCAGCUCCGGCUGGCGGAAAGCCGCGAGCACAUGUGGCUCUCACUUGACCGCCGUCUGCCUAUUUUAUGGUUCAGCCACCUACACUUAUCUGCAACCCACGCAUAGUUACAACCAGGGCCGCGGGAAGUUCGUCUCGCUCUUCUACACGGUGGUGACACCCGCGCUCAAUCCUCUCAUCUACACACUGAGGAACAAGGAAGUGAAGGGGGCAGCACUGAGGCUCUUGCGGAGUCUGGGGAGACUGUAGGAGGUACAGUGAAAACAAAUGAGAAGGGCUCAGGGUCCUGGAAAUAGGAUGCUCAUGAUUUUUGUCUUUGCAUGAGAAUCUGCAAGUUUUGUGCUCAGUGAGUUCUGGGUUAAUGGAGAGAUUCCUUUCUCUCACUGACCAGGGUUUGGAUUCUUGGAGGAUGGAGAGGGAGGACUCCCGAAGUAUAUAAACACAUAAAUAGUGACGCGGUAAAUGGCUCUUGGGAUUUUCUGUAAGAAGGGAAUCAGGAUGCAGGAGGGGCCCAGAUGCACCCUCAGGUGACCUUGUACCAGCCUUGAAGAAUUCACAUGAAGUUAAGAUAUGACCACCCUGGUGCGGACCUUCAGUUUUUCUCCAGGCUUACAAAGGACCAUGGAAAAUUCCAUGGCCUCAGCCAUCAGGUAGAGUCCCUCGGUUAACAAGGAAGACAUGGAGCCUACCUUACAGAGAUCUCUUCCAGAAACAGGACAUGGUUUCCGUUCUUGGGGAGCCAGUCCAGCUAAUGUAAACCUAGCCAGCUUAAACUGGGAUUCCCUCAUCUGCCAGAUAGGAUAUGGCUUUUCCCCCUUAUCAGAGUUUUAGUUAGUGCUAGACACAGCACAUGGAGAAGGUGCUAGCUUUAUUUCAUACCAAAUAUCUUUAAAUAAGAAGAUGGUGACUGAAUUUCUAAAUCAUUUAUUAGACUAUGAGCGAUCCAGCUGUGGUAAACUAACAUUCCGUAACACAUUAUUUCUCU